GCUGGCCGGACGCUUUUCGGUGUUGCACACCAUUAUUCCGGGACCGUUCCAAUACGCUAAUCCAAGGGCCCUAUGUAGUGCGCAACAGUACCGCAGCAGACCUGUAGGUGACAGUGUGUGUAAAUGAUUUCCCGCCAAACGUGAUACUGCAGCGGCGAAGAGAAGGAGAACAGCCAAUCAGGGUCCACCCAAACAGAGCCGGGGAGCGAUGUCUGUAAACGGCUGUGUGACCACGGUUCAGCUGGGCUCCCUCAGUCAGGCAGAUAAAUCCCAGCUUCACCUCUUACCCUGUGAGAUAGAGCACGACGGGCCGGCUGAAAUCUCCAGGUUCUUCACUCCGACAGUGAAGGAGCAAAAAUGCGAGAAGACGGUGUCAUUCAGGGGUCGUGGGCUGAAGGGUCAGGAGGUGAGCUGCCCUCAGGGCUACACAGGACUCGUGCUGAAGGAGGUUCAGAGACCGUCGUCUGAUCAAGAAGACAGAAUUGUUAAAGUUUCUUCAGUUUUUCAAAAUUUUGUCUAUUGGAAUUUGGAGACCCUGCCCACUUCUGAUGAUGGAGUUGUGAAGGCGAUGGCAUGGCCUUCACUGGCUGAAAUGAUCCACGCACCGGUGGAUUAGUAGAGGUCUCAACCACGACCAACCAGAGACCAGAUUCCUGUUUCAGCUGCUAGUUUUCCCAAAACCAUCUCAGAAUUUUCCCUCUUCAGAGUCUGUUUUCUUUCUUUAUUCUGUCCAGAAUAAAGAAUGCCUGUGUGUAACUCAGUUGUUAAGUUUAUUCACAGUAUUAAAUCUGUUCAUCAUCAGAUAUUUCUCAGAUCUACUGGACUGGAUUAAAUUAGACACAUGACUUUAUGAAUUAGAAUUUUUGAAGUGUGUUUAAAAUAUUUUGGUAGGGAAUAACAGCUAACCUACCAUGCCUUUAAAGAUUGACAGCCUUUUUACACAAUAUUAAAAAUAAAUAAAUAAAUAAACCAA